AUGAAACCAACAAUCCUGCUCGUGCCGGGAGCAUGGCACUCGCCAGCAUGCUACGACGACCUCAUUACGAUCCUACGACAACACGGGUACCAAUGCGAGACAGUCACUCUGGCCACCGUCGAUCCUGUUGACCCUGCAAACACGAACGCAGACUCGGAUGUCAUGGUCAUCUCAGAUGCCAUUGAGAAAAUCCUUACUGGAGGAAUUGAUCUUGUUCUUGUUGCUCAUUCAUAUGGUGCAAUACCCGCCUUGAGCGCAGCCUUCUCGUUUGUUGACCGACAAUCCCCUGGCAUCACCGCAAUUGCGCUUAUGUGCUCUUUCUUAUAUCCGCCUCAAACCUCCCUGAUCAUGUCGCUUGGAAAUCAGCCUGCUCCAUUCCACAAGAUCGACGGCACCGGCCAUCUGGUCGAUGUAGGCGAGCCAGGACCAGAAACGCUCUUCUACAACGACUUGUCUAGCGAGGAUGCGGCACGCUGGAGUGCACGUCUGAAGCCUCACUCCUGGCACAGCAAACAAAACCCACCAUCGGCUGCGGGCGUUGGCUGGUGGGAGAUACCGACAAGUUACCUUAUCUGCGAGAAAGAUGGCGCCAUUCCCGCACCCUUCCAGCGCAAAAUGAUAGCAGACGCCAAUGAAGCUUUGAAAGCGAGAGGAUCAACAAGGACCAUUAGACAAGAAAUUGUCGACAGCAGCCAUAGCCCAUUUCUGAGCAUGCAAAAUCGAACGGCUGAUUUUAUCCGUCGUUCUGCUGGAGAGAAAGUCCUCGGGGAAUGAAACAUCACCGGAUGGUGUGGAGGAGAGAACCACCCGGUUUGGAAGGGGAAAGUGAUGCGUCCGUGUGUUGUUACACACAAAGGACGCCAGG